CACAGAUGGAUGCUAUUUUCAAUUCAAUCCGCGCACAACUGAAGUCACCUGUGGUUGGGUACAUCGCAAAAGAGGCUCCUGAAGGUAAACUCCUUGAGAUGUGGGCUGAUAAGUUAAAGAAUUCUGGACUUCCGCGUGGUGAUAUAACACAUGGAAUAUCUGACAUCUUAGCUUUGAAAGAUCGGAUGGAGAUAAUGAAUGUGAGGAAAGCUGCAUAUUUGUCUGCUUCUACAUUGAAGUACUCUGUUGUUCCAAAGCUUGUGAGGAUCAUAGAUGAAGAGAAAAGAGCAACACAUUCCUCACUCUCGAAGAUGACAGAGAAGGCUGUGCUGGAAGGCAAGGGUGUUCGUUUUAUUUACCUGCCCAUCUGCCAGAAUGGUGGGAAAAAAGCAACGCAUUCUUCAUUCUCGGACGAGAGAGAGCAAGCUCUGCUGAGGCUUGAGAAAAUUGAUAUUUGUUACCCGCCUAUCUUCAGAGUGGUGGGAAAUUUGAUCUCAGACCCGGUGCUAUAAGCAACGAUGAAACUCUGUACUAUGAUUCUGGCAGCGCUAUUGUAUGUGCUGUUGGGUCCCGAUACAACUGUUACUGCUCAAAUGUUGCUAGAACAUUUCUUAUUGAUCCGACUUCAACGCAGAUCAGGGCUUAUGAAGUGCUUUGCAUAGCCCAAGAGGCAGCAAUCGCUGCAUUGGAGCCAGGUAAUAAGAUCAAUGCCGUUUAUCGGGCGGCGCUUGCUGUGGUUGAGAGGGAUGCACCCGAACUGGUUAGCAACUUGACAAAAUCAGCAGGAAGAGGAACCGGUCUUGAGUUUGAGGAAUCGGGAUUGCGGUUAGACGCAAAUAAUCAUAAAGUGCUGAAAGAAGGAAUGGUCUUUAAUGUGUCUCUGGGUUUUCAGAAUCUGCAGGCUGAAACCAGCAACCCAAAGCCUGGGAAUUUCUCACUUAUUCUUGCAGACACAGUGGUUGUAACAAGUGGAAGGUGUGAGGUUGCAACCAAGCUGAUCUCCAAAGCUCUCGAGGAUGUAGCAUACAUAUUCAAAGGGGAUGAAGAGGAGGAGGAGUGUAAAAUCAAAGCCUUGAUGAAUAUCAAGGAAGCUUUGCAUUCAAAGGCAACGCUUCGCGCAGACAAACAAGAGAAACGUGAAGCACAGGAAGAGUUGGAAAGGGAGGCAAGCUAUGCAGAUACGGAUAAAGGUGACGACGACUCAGUCACUGAGGCUGGACCAAGUAGUAGUGCAGGUCCCUCGAAGCGGCCUAGGUCGGUUGGGAACCUUAAACUGGUGUAGCAUUUACCUGGUCUACCAAUCACAUUAUCAAAUGGAAGCAAAGCAUGUGCGCUUAAAUAUAAUAUGCACCAUUGAAAUGAAGAUUUCAAAUUGUG